GCCGCGACGUUUAGUCUGCGGCACUACUUUCAUCUCCUAUGGCGAGAAAAUCACCCUGUACUUGCGACCGCGGGUAGGACUCUGUCUUCGACAUCAGUUCGAACUCAGCCUUUUUGCCGAUCGCAAUAUUUCUUUCAAAGUUACUGAGCCCAAUAAGUAUGGAACACGACGAAGAAAUUACUUCUAGUGAAGAUGAGUUCAAUUUUUCGGCAAUAACGAAUGAAAUUACAUCACUACAUAGACAGCUUGCCCAUGAGAACGAAGACAGAAGUGAUGAAGAUAGCGACGACGUUAGAGGAGUAAGAAGACGAAAAAUCCGAUUGAUCGAUAGUGAAUCUGGAAGCCAAAGUGAUUGUACAGAAGAGACCGAACCUUCAGAAUGGACACUGUGCACAGAAUCCGAAGAAAUCCCCACAAGAAUACCGUUUGUAUCCGGUGAAAGGCAAGUAGGACCGCACGUAUUUGCACACAUAAAAGAACCAAUAGAUUUUUUCAAAUUAUUUUUCACCGAGGAAUUAGUUACUGACAUAGUGCGGGAAACUAACAAUUACGCUGCAAGGAAGGUGGAAGGGAAGACAUUAUCAUCCCGUUCUAUAUGGCGAUCAUGGUACGAUGUAACAGUUACCGAAUUCUGGGCGUUUAUUGGAGUAAUCAUAAAUAUGGGGACAAUGCCGUUGGCCAACAUACAAGAAUACUGGUCGAAAAAUGAUACUAGUUAUAUUCCGUUUUACUCAGACACGUUUACGAGAGACCGAUUUUGUCAAAUAUUUUGGAGACUUCACCUCAAGACAAUACCCUCACAAAACACAAACCCUAGAACCCGUUUGCAGUUAGUAUCUGGUUUCCUCGAGUAUAUAAAAGAAAGGUUUUUGAAUUAUUUUGUACCCGGAGAGCAGAUUUGUGUGGAUGAGUCGACUGUCAAAUUCAAAGGCCGAAUAUCAUUCAUUACGUACAGUCCAAUGAAACCUACGAAAUGGGGUAUUCGGGUUUAUACGCUCGCAGAUUCAAAUACCGGCUUCAUUUGUGGUAUUCUGCCGUAUUAUGGAUCUCUAACAACAGAGACUUUGAUAAGACCCGAUCUACCGGUAUCAACCAGAAUACCGCUGCAUCUAUACAAAAUGAUACUGGAUAAAAUUCCCGGUGCUCAGGGGCACCACAUGUUCACGGACCGUUAUUAUACAAGUUACAUAUUGGCGGAAGAAUUACGCAAACAAAAGUGCCACCUAACUGGGACGAUCAUGACAAAUAGAAAGCACCUGCCAUGUGAAAUACGAAAGCCAAAAUUUGGGAAUCGAUCCACAUAUGCAUAUCGCAAAGGUAAUACUUUGGUUCUUGCGUGGAAGGACAAGAGGAUUGUGACAGCUUUGACGACUUGGAAUAAUGCGGGAAUAACUCCCGUAAGAAGGACUCUACGAGGCGGUACUGAAGUCGUUAUAAAAAAGCCCAAUGUUAUUAUAAAUUACAUCAAAUUUAUGGGCGGUGUUGAUCGAGCUGACCAACUGGCUUCGACAUAUUGUUUUUUAAGAAAAUCCGUAAAAUGGUGGCGAAAACUAUUUUUUUGGGGUUUGGAGAUCUGCUCCAUCAAUUCAUAUAUUCUUUAUAAAUCAGUAAAGAAGCAGAGAAACGAACGGCCGCUUAGUCACCUUCAAUAUUUGAAAACUUUAGUUGAUCAACUGAGAGGAGACUUUCGACAAAAACAAUCCAGCACAGCUUCUACGUCACAGAGCACUUCUGAAGUGAUCCGACUAAAUGGGAAGCUGCAUGUUAUUUUGAUGGGACAAAAAAAGGAUUGCAAGUUUUGUUCCCAAAGAACGUCCGGCCAAAGGCGACAAACUGUGUACUACUGUGACACAUGCCCCGACAAGCCAAGAAUGUGCAUUGGAGAUUGUUUUAUAAAAUAUCAUAAGAAGCAAAAUUAUAGAACGUAAUUUUUAAUAAAUGUCUUUCAUUAAGUUAAAAAAAUAUGUAUAAUGUUAAAAUAUUAUAAGAGUUUAAAGUGUUUUAUUGUGUCUAAAAUUAUUUUAAGUUAACAAUAACGAACUCAUGAAAUAAGCGGGAGCGGCUGAUUACUCUCGAGUUGCUGG